GCUGGCGCUGGAAGUAGUUCCGGUGAUUUAGCAGCCGAGCGGAGCACAGAGAGCCGGGCUGUUCGUGUUGUUGAGCGCAAACGCGAUUAGCGGGUCGUGUCCGCCCGUCAUGACAGUCGAGUGACCACAGCAGCGGUCAGCGUGACGCCCGCAGAGCACCGUGCAUGCAGCCGAAGUGACAGCGUCAACACACCGCUGGAGCUUUUUUGUCUUCGAGGGAAAAAUUUUCAAGUGCAAGAAGAGGCGUCUGGAGCUUCUGAAGCAGUGUACAAAAAAAAAAAAAAAAAAAAAAACUGAGCCGGUUCAUAUUCACCUACGACGCAGUGGCCAUUGCAGUGACUAAAUGAAGAACUUGUGAACAUGCACGAGGGAAGGACUCUACCUUUCACUUCGGUGACUUCCCCAGAUGCUUUGGCCCAAAGAAAGAUGGAAAGGACUGGGAAGAAUUUGAGCCAAGGCUGCUGCACAGCACCUUUUCAGUGAGCCAACGGGAGAUCGUCCACACGCCACGUCGCUGAGCCGCGCACCCUUCCCCCUUUGACCCCUUGACCUACAAGCACAAUGACCUCUGAGCUGGAGAGUAGCCUGACCUCAAUGGACUGGCUCCCCCAGCUCAGCAUGAGGGCGGCCAUCCAGAAGACAGAUGCGGGCCACCACCACGGCCACCACCAUGGACACCACCACCAUGGUCACCAUCACGGCCACGGACCUGGCAAGAAAAUCACCCAUUUGGACCCAGGAACAACACUGGACCAGGAAGAAGCUGCACAGCACAGAGACGGUAAACCGCCGUACAGCUACGCCAGCCUCAUCACCUUCGCAAUCAACGGCUCACCGCGCAAACGGAUGACCCUCAGUGAGAUCUACCAGUGGAUCUGUGACAACUUCCCCUACUACCGAGAAGCGGGCAGCGGCUGGAAGAAUUCUAUACGACACAACCUGUCCUUGAACAAGUGUUUUCUCAAAGUGCCUCGCUCCAAAGACGACCCUGGAAAAGGUUCCUACUGGGCCAUAGACACCAACCCUAAAGAGGACACAGUACCCAGCAGGCCAAAGAAGAGGCCGCGCUCUGGAGAAAGGGCGUCAACUCCUUACAGUUUGGAGUCAGAGUCUCUAAGGAUGGACUGCAUCAUGUCUGGAGGGGUGUCUCCCACUCUGGCCAUCAACGCUGUAACCAACAAGGUAGCGCUGUACAACCCGGAGGCAGAAGGCAGCGAGAGUCCAGGGAGUCUGGGCGGCAGCCUGAGCAACAGUCUUUCAGAGCAGAGCUUGGCGUCCGUCAACCUUAACAACCUGAACACUGCCGUCAGCAGCGGCAGCAACGUGCACAGCUACACACCACUCUCACACUCCGUCUCUCUCCUUUCUCUACUCUCUGUCUGUCUAUCGAAGGUGGGUAGCCACUCAGAGCCUUCAUCCCAGUCCCUGAGCCUCCAGCAGCCCGCCCAGCCUCCGCCGCCUCCACCUCCUCCCCCACAACCCCAGUACGGUUUGCCUGUCCCGGAGUCACGGGACAAGCAGCUCUGUUUCUCUGACUUCGAAGACCUCAGCGCUUCGUUCCGCAGCCUUUACAAGUGCGUCUUCGAGCAGUCCUUCUCACAGCAAGCAGGUUUGAUGGGAAUGCCCGGGGACUCCAGCCAGCAGGGCCGGACCGCCUGCUCUUACCAGCAUUCUCCUGGUGCAGGAAACGGCGGCAGCCACCACCACCAACACAACCAUGGCCCGGCGUCACACCACCCACACCACCCUCAGCAGCACCUCUCCCCUCACUCCGCCCACAGUCAGCACCAGGCGCAUGGUCAGCAUGGCCAGCACCAACAGCACCCUGUUCAUUCCCAGCAGCACCCGUCUCUCUCCCACCAGAGUCACACUGGACAGACCUGCCCUACAACAGGCAUGUCAUCAGACUGGUACCCCAACCUGGACUGGCUGAAGGAGAGCUGUCGCAUCGCAACCAGCUACAACUGGGCUGACGUAGACCUCUCCCCAUUUCAAGGCCUAAAGGAGAGCAUGCGGCAGGCUGAGCUCAACAACUGGUCUCUGGAUGCCGCCCAAAUGGCUGACCUGUGUUCCUCCAUUAACCAGUUCUUCACGGCCACAGGGGUCAUCCCCCCUCAGGGCGCCGCCCACCCACAACCUCAGGUCCAACACUCAACACCACCAGAGGCACCGCAGCACCCGGCUCAGCCGCAUGGGGCCAUGCACCCAAAGGCCAGCCAGCAUAGUCAGCAUGGCCAACUCAACCAACAUAACCAACACAUUAGCACGGGGAACAUGUACAUGGACUCGAGACAGAACAUUUCUUCUCUGAUGGGCCCGCCGGGGUACCCCCACAUGCCUCCCAUGAGCAACACGACUCCCACCAUGACAGGUGACUCCUCCAUCGCUCUCUUAACAGCUCAUCACAGCCAGCUGAGCCAGCAGCAGCAACAACACACGCUGCCUCCGGGACACUUCCAGGUGAGACGCAUGCUCGCUGCAGACGACAUCCAGGACGACUUUGACUGGGACUCCAUCGUCUAAACGGAGUCGUCAGACGAACGGAGGGAUGAAGAGAGAGACUGGAAAUGAGAAAGAGACAUAGAGACAUAUGAGGUAUGGGACUGGCCAACCUGCUCCUUUCACCAGUGUGAGAAAAAACGGAAGACAAUCCAAGAGAAAACAAACGUUAAGUAAUUUGUCUGAUCUCGCUGGCCUUUUUUUCUGCUACAAGUGGAUGACGAGUCUAAAGACAAUCAUUUAAAAAAUGAGACUUACACAGGAUUGGACCGAGCCAAGAUGUAAACACACAUCAUCCAAAACUAAAGGACGUCUGAAGCUCUCUGAAUUGUCUCAUGUUGUGUGCCCCCCUCCCUCAGUGCCAACAGGGUUACGAGUCGCCAAAGUGUUGUCGAAACAUCUGUGAAUUGUUUUCUUUUUGUUUUCUUAAAUCUUUUGUGUUUCCAGCUACAACUUGUGUCCCAUGUCUGCAAAUUAUCAGCAAAUGUGAUCGAGUGGAGGUAACGAAUAGAAAGUUUGUUCAUCUCCAAACUUUCCAAACUGCAGAAAAUGAAUUUUGCUUGUCAUUCACAUGCAUUCAGCAGGUCCAAAUAUUUCAGAUGUUUUCUUCUUUUCUCUUCAUUAUUUUCAUACCGGGCAUCUGUGUUGUUUUUUUUGAAGAAGAAAGUAAUGAUGUUGUACCUGUAACUUGAAUCAGUGAAGGGUGAGUGGAGCACCACCUGCUGGUUAAAACAGGCACCAUAUUGCUUCCUCUGCCAAAAAAAAAAAAAAAAAAUUCUAUGCACCACUGUCUGUUCUGUCUUUAUCUUUGUUACUUCACGUUGGACACCAGUUGUAAACGUUUUUACUUUAUCAUUUCAAAUGCCAUUGUUGUGUGUGUGUGUGUGUCUGUGUGUGUGUGUGUGUGUGUGUGUGUAACUGUCCAUGGUGCCAUGUUCUCAGGGUGUUUCGCUCACAUGCCAUGUCAAACCAACACAAAGCCAUUUACAUGUCUGUAUGUGAGGUUGCCGUGUGUUGUACGGUGCAAUCAGUGUUCACUUCUUGUCGGCGAACAGCGAGCGUCCUGGUGACUGUGGUCAAAAGUAAAGUCUUCAUUUGUCAGCUUAUAAGCUAACUGAUAUAAAAUACUGUGGAAUAAGCUUUUUCAGCAGCUCAUGCAACAGCCACUAAUUAAAAUUAAAACAAUAUGCUGGCUAGACUUUGGACAUCGUGAACAAUAAUCCGUUGUUUUCUGAGACAUAAUUUAGUUUUUUCCAAUUUUUAUAAUUUGAGGAAAGUGCAUAUCAAUUAUGAGCAGACAGGGAAGGUCGGCCGUGAUUUUCGAGAUGCCUCAUUAAGAAGAAGACAAGCAUUUUUUUGCACAACACCUAGCUUGAUAGCAUCUAGUGAAUGAGAGAAAUAAAAGAUAACGGUGAACUUUUUAAUUCUUUAUUAAGAUGAUCAGCAAGGGAGCAAAAUUAAACAAAAUGCUCAACUUUUUUUUUUACUGUGAUGUUUACUUUUGUCUGUGUGUACAAGUGUGUAUAGUCUUCUCUGAUUUUCUUUAGCAUACCGCUCCGUGUAGCUCAAAAGAUACUCAUAAGAAACAAAUACUUUGUUUGUAUUAAAGUGGGUACACAGUGAAACAUGGGACCUUAAAGUGCUCUUUGGUUUGGAGGAUCUCAGUGAUUGUUAGGAUGGUCAAAACAAGGUCUCAUUGUAGAAAAAAGAAUACUCUUUAUUAUUGCCAUUAAAUGCUGUAUUACAGUGACCAGCAUUAUAUAUAUCUUGUAUGUUUGUGUGUUGUUGUCCAUGUAAAUAACAGUAUGUUACUCCUCUGUUUGCCCUUGAAAAACACAGACUGAUAAAAA